CGAGCGGACGAGUGUUCGUCCACUUGGAGGAGCGUUAGGUUUCCCUGAGGGUCUUUUAUCGGCGCCUGCAACAUUCAGAGCUUGACCUGCGGGCGGAGGAGCCAUGGCUGAAGGUGUAGUAAGCUUUUUGAAGGAUUUUCUGGCCGGCGGUGUGGCCGCUGCAAUCUCCAAGACAGCCGUAGCCCCCAUUGAGAGAGUCAAGCUAUUGCUGCAGGUCCAGCAUGCGAGCAAGCAGAUCACGGUCGAAACGCAAUACAAAGGCAUCAUCGACUGCGUGGUUAGGAUCCCCAAAGAACAGGGCUUCCUCUCCUUCUGGAGAGGCAACCUGGCCAACGUCAUCAGGUACUUCCCCACGCAGGCGCUCAACUUCGCCUUCAAAGACAAGUACAAGCAGAUCUUCCUCGGUGGAGUGGAUAAGAGAACCCAGUUCUGGCGUUACUUCGCCGGCAACCUGGCGUCCGGCGGCGCCGCCGGCGCGACCUCGCUGUGCUUCGUCUAUCCUCUCGACUUCGCCAGAACCAGGCUCGCCGCCGACAUCGGCAAAGGCGCCGCGGAGAGAGAGUUCACAGGUCUCGGCAACUGUCUCGCAAAGAUCUUCAAGUCUGACGGCAUUAGGGGUCUCUACCUCGGGUUCAAUGUGUCCGUCCAGGGUAUUAUCAUCUACAGAGCCGCUUACUUCGGUAUCUACGACACAGCCAAAGGCAUGUUGCCAGAUCCCAAGAACACACACAUUGUCAUCAGCUGGAUGAUUGCACAGACCGUGACCGCGGUCGCCGGUAUCAUCUCCUACCCCUUCGACACCGUCCGCCGUCGUAUGAUGAUGCAGUCCGGACGCAAAGGAGCCGACAUUAUGUACAAAGGAACAGUCGACUGCUGGAAGAAGAUCAUCAACGACGAGGGUGCGAGGGCCUUCUUUAAGGGCGCGUGGUCUAACGUGCUCAGGGGCAUGGGUGGCGCGUUCGUGCUGGUCCUCUACGACGAGAUCAAGAAGUACACAUAAACAUUCUCAAACCCCAUGCAGCCAAAGGUGCCUCUCCGGCGGAAGCAGCGGGCUGGACGCCACAUGUGGCGUGUGCGUGAGAGUGAGAGCGAGACUAAGCGGUCACUUUAUCAUUCACUCCUAAACCUGUGUAAAUAUAUUUAAUUUUACUCACUGCACCUCAAAAUACGACGAUCAUUUUCGGACCGAUUGCUCUCGCUGCGGAAUUUGUUUGUGUAUUUAUUUGUUCCAUUUAGAAAACUCACGGCGACUGCGAAAGCGGAGCCGUUCUUCCCGGUAAUUAGCGCGUGGCUGUACACUCGAUGGUCGACUGUUCUCGUGGCGUGUUCCACCUUAUACAUGUUCUUUUAAUAAAAACGCAAACGAAAACAUCA